AUGAAUAGUCAGAAUUUUACAUUAGCUGAAAAUCUCAUACCUUCUUCUUAUGUCCAGCAAGCAGCUAGUGCCUUGAGAACAAGAGAGAACUUGGCUAAAACGUUAAUGGAACAAAGAAAAUGGCCAGAUAAUGGUUGGGACGAUGCAACAAUCGAAAUGUUUCUAUCAAAUUUGGCACUUAUGGACAGUAAUAACUUUAAAGAACAUGCUGGUGUUGGUGAACGAGAAGGACGCAUAGCUUGCAAUUUAGUUGCAAAACGACAUUUUCUCAUGACUCAUGGUAUUGGCCGGUCUGAAAAUAUUGCUGAAGUUCAACCUAAUGCCACAGGAUCUAGUUUAAUGAUAAAAUUAGUCAACGCUAUGCUAUUAGAGUCUAUCCGUUUUAUGGGAGUAGCAAGUGCGACUGGUUGUUUUAUGGUUCCAAUGGCUACUGGAAUGAGUUUGAUGUUAUGCAUGUUAACUUUAAAACAAGAUAAGCCUGGAGCCAAGUUUGUAUUAUGGUCCAGAAUAGAUCAAAAAUCAUGUUUUAAGUGCAUAAUUACAGCUGGUCUGCAACCAAUAAUCAUUGAUCCUAUACAAUGUGGUGAUGAGUUACAUACAGAUGUACCAGCAAUUGAAGCACAGUUAUCAACACUCGGAUCAGAUAAUAUAGUGUGUGUUCUUAGCACAACCAGUUGUUUUGCCCCAAGAGUAUCAGAUUCACUUGAAAAAGUUGCUUGUCUUUGUCAAAAAUAUAAUGUACCACAUUUAGUCAAUAAUGCAUAUGGUUUACAAUCUACCAGACUGAUGCACUCAAUUCAAGAUGCUUCUAGAAAAGGGAGGAUUGAUGUUUUUGUUCAAAGCACAGAUAAAAACUUUUUAGUUCCUGUUGGAGGUGCUAUUAUUGCUGGAUUUGACAAAACAAUUUUAGAUAAAAUUACUAGAAAUUAUCCAGGAAGAGCAUCUUGUAGUCCUGUUAUGGAUAUCUUUAUAACAUUACUGUCUUUGGGUACUAAUGGUUAUAAAGAAUUGAUAACACAACGUAAAGAAGUACACCAACAUCUACGGAAAGAACUUGGAAAAAUUGCAGCAAAAUAUGGUGAACGUUUAUUGGAUAUACAAAAUAAUCCUAUUUCUAUUGCUAUGACAUUGACAUCAUUAAGUGUUCCAAAUGCGACUGAAACUGAUACAAAAAAAUUAAGUCAGCUAAGCUCCAUGAUGUAUAUGCGCCAUGUUACAGGUUGCAGAGUUAUAUCAUCAGUUGAAGUCAAAGAUGUCUGUGGUUAUAAAUUUGAUGGUUGGGGCGCACAUAAAUCCAACUACCCUUGUCCAUACAUUACAGCUGGUGCCUCAAUAGGUGUUAAAAAGUCUGAUGUUGAUUUGUUUAUACAAAAAUUGGAUAAAGUUAUUGCUAGGUUAAGAAAAUCACAUCCAUCCAAUCUGGAAACUCCAUCAUCAUCUGAAGGUAAUGAUAACACAUCAAUGCGGCGAACAGCAACAGUUGCAUCUAGCUAUCGAACCACAAUAAAUGGAGUUUACUCUACUGGAGAUGGCAGUACAUCAACUUCACGCACAUCUAGUGUUGAUAAUUUACGUAAACAUUGAUAGUUAUGUUUACAUUCUAGACAUUAUUUCAACUACAUAUUAUGUAUGUUAAUGUUCUAUUUUAGUCAAUUUUUGCUUGUAGAACAGAAAAGAGAUCUCUGGAGCAGUUAUGUUUUAAAAUAUUCAAAAUUGAAUCUUAAACUCUUAGUAGUUGGUUAUUUUAUAUGGUUCAAAUUGUAAAAAUAUUAGAUGAUGUCUUUCACCAUGACGUGUUAGGCUUUUUAGUAAAUAUUGUAUCAAAUUAUGUUCAGAUGCCUAUAGACUGAAUGACUCAAUAAUUCUAUUCAUUUAUAAUGAAUAGGAAAGCUUAAGUUUUAAAUUUAAUUAAGAUAAUAUUUAAAAAAAAGUAAAAAUCUAGUCAUAGUAUAAAUGGGUAAAAAAUUAAUGUUCCUCAUAAAUUGUGUGAGCAAGGAGAAAUUUUUUCCCUUAAGAAGUCUUAUAAUUUCUUAUGAAUCUGGAUGAUUUUUAG